GAAGCUAUAGCACAAUGCCUGCUGGAGUUGGUUGGGGUCAGUAUAUAAAAUUCUUUACUUGUGCUAUGCUUUCCAUGAUGGCAGGCUCCCAAUUGGUUCACUACUAUUACAAGCCAUUACAAGAUCUAGACGUUUAUAUUGACAAUGAGAUGAAAAAUAUUGGCAGUGCAGAGAAAGACAAAAUAAAAAUAGCAACAAGUUAAAAUUUCACAUUAUUUUCCUGUCUUUUAUUCAAAAUUAUAAAAUAAAUUAUAUAUACAAUAAGUAGUUUAUGAUUAUAUUACAUUGAGUAUAAGAAAUGGCAAAAUAAAAUAAAAUCUGAUGAGAGGAAUUACUUCCUUGCCGUAAUGCAUAAUA